AAAAAAAAUGAUAAGAGGGCGGAGAGGUGUAAAUUAUGACGUCAUGUUAAAAAAAUACCUGCUGCCGUAGGGAACGUAGUUUUUAUGAUGAAAUUUGUUUUUAUUUGUAAGAUAUUAGCUCAUGUUUCCAAGUGAACAGUGGGAAUAACAUUGACAUUACCAGGUCACACAUGUAUGUGAGUGACCGUUGGACAACAGUGCUUGAUGUUUCCGGACAGUGACGAUGCUUCUGCCAGGUGCCAUGGAUGUACGGACAUCUCAGUUUUUUGCUGUAUUACUGAAAUGCAGUCACAGUGCACUCUUUAAAAAUGCCUUUGCUGCUACUCCAGCAUCUUCACUUGGCUUUAGAACAGGACAGAUCAUGCAACAUGUAUGCAGAGUGUCCAGAUACUUAGUACCAAUGAGACAGAAAUAUUCUUUAUAUUCAUCACUCAGCACCAGUGAACUCCUGGGUUUUAGUUCUGGACGGCUUAAAUGUGUCUUAUCAAAUGAGUUAAUGUCAGUUCCCACCUUUAAUCUCUGCCCUGCUGUGCUGAAGCACUUUUACUCCACUACUGCUGGGUCCAGGUUGGCUACACAACAAGCAGGACUUCCAGGGAAAAAACUACCAAAGGGACCAAGGACCAAACAGCCUUCUAGAGCCAAUCAGCCACCACUGGAGAUGACUGAGGAUGUUAUGCAAUGUAUUGCAUUUGCUACAGCAGAUAACUAUCAUCUGGCAACAUUAGGGCAUGAUUUGGUGUCUAAUGGGUUUUAUGAAAUAACAGACUUGCCCAGAGAUGCUGCUAAUGUGCUGGUUGUUGGUACAGAGAUGUCCUUGAAACCAGAUGACCAUGGAAUCAUCUUCUUUUUCAGGGAAGGCUCCGUUGUCUUCUGGAAUGUGCCAGAUAAAACAAUGAAGCUUGCAAUGCGUAUACUGGAGCGUCAUGAAAUUCAGCCAUAUGAAAUUGCUCUGGUACAUUGGGAAAAUGAAGAAAUCAAUUACAAAAUGGCAGAAGGCAAUUCAAAAUUACUUAAUGGAAAUAUCAUUUUAAAUUGUGAUCUUGAACCUGAGCAAGCAAUACUGGAGAAAUUUGCUUUUUCAAAUGCUCUUUCACUGUCAGUGAAGUUGGCAAUCUGGGAAGUAGCUGUUGAUAACUUUGUGGAGUCCAUUCAGUCAAUUCCUGAGAUGCUAAAAUCAGGACAAAAAUUGAAGUUGUCUCGUGCAGAUGUCAUGCAAAAAAUUGGAGAGUUAUUUGCAUUAAGACAUCGAAUUAACUUGAGCUCUGACCUACUGAUGACUCCAGAUUUCUACUGGGAUAGGGAGAAUUUGGAGCAUCUCUAUGACAAAACGUACCAGUUUCUCAGUCUCAACCGCAGAGUCAAGGUGAUUAAUGAGAAACUGCAGCACUGCACUGAGCUGACUGACCUCAUGCGCAAUCACCUAAGUGAAAAACACAGCCUUCGUUUGGAGUGGAUGAUUGUAAUUUUGAUUACUAUUGAGGUGAUGUUUGAACUGGCAAGAGUACUUUUCUGAUCUUUGAUACUACUGUAUGUAUAACUUUUGUGAUUAUGAAGAUUAGACAUCUAAGAUAAAAUGCUUUGUUCUUUGAAAUUAAAACGGCUUGAAGUAUUGCUAAAACUGACUAAAAUAUCUGCGAGAAUGUAAGGUUAUCAUUAUUUAUUUAUUAAGAAGUUAUGAUAAAACUAUGCUCUGCUCUAUACCACAUUGGACUUUUGUGGUGCUUCACAAAGUAAUUGAAAUAUCCAGCAUUAAUGUCUUCUCCCAUUUGACACUGUAAACAAUAACCAGCUUUUAUGCAUGUUUUAACCAUUGUAGUUUGCUGUGACAGUUUCAUUUUAAUAAAAUAUUGUAUCAUUGUUA